CAGAUCUCGCGGUGGGCGGAGACAUCGCAUUGUUCUGCGCAUGAGCGGUUUAUGUUGCUAGUAUUGAUAGUAGAGGCUUUUUGUUCAGCAUUAUCUCGAUUUCGUCCAUAUUUCUACAAUCGAUAGUACGGAAUCAUCUGGAAAUUGCCAUGGCAUCACGCGCAGGCCCAAGAGCGGCAGGUACUGAUGGGAGUGAUUUUAAACACAGAGAGAAAGUAGCGUCUCACUAUCAGAUGAGUGCUUCCCUGAAAUCAGAGCUAAAGAAGCUCACCGUCGUCCAUCUCUUCAUAUGGUUGCUGGUGGCAGCGCAGGUGGCUGUCAGUCAUCUCAAUCUGGUGUCACAUGACCUGGUGGCCUUGCCCUAUCAGUGGGAGUAUCCAUACCUUUUAAGUCUUCUGCCCUCCUUGAUCGGAGCACUGGCCAUGCCAAAGAACAACAUUAGCUACCUGGUAAUCUCCAUGAUCAGUGCUGGUUUGUUCUCAGUGGCACCUCUUAUUUUUGGUGCGAUGGAAAUGUUUCCUCUGGCUCAGCAGCUGUACCGACAUGGCAAGGCCUAUCGAUUUAUCUUUGGAUUCUCUGCUGUCUCUGUGAUGUAUCUGAUCAUGGUGAUAGCUAUUCAGGUGCAUGCAUGGCAAAUCUAUUAUAGCAAGAAGCUACUGGAUGCUUGGUUCGACUCAACACAAGAAAAGAAGAAGAAAUAAAUGCAUUGUUGUUGGGGGACUUGAUUUACCCAUAAGAAGCAUCUCUAUUUCUCUCCCAGUUUUUACUGUACAAUGCAUGUGAAUAUUUAUAUGUUAAAUAUAUUUGUGAGCAAUAAAGCAUACCUUAAUGUUACCAUUUACUUUCACAUAUGUUUAAAUGUAAAUGUUUCCAAUUAUAUGUUUUAUUAUACUUAACAUUAUAUUUAAAUUAAAAUAGUUUAACUUGAAAUUGUUUCUUCUGGAUGUAUAAUUCACAUAAUUUAUGAUGCUUUAUAAAUAAAUGAUUUCUUUAUAUA